UUUCUGGAGCAGUAGCGAGAUUGCCGAGCAUCCAUCUCAAAAUGCAGGUUGCGUGCUUGAAGGAUCUGGAAGACAUCGCCUCGAAGAAGAUUCCCUCAAAGGCUUGGGAUUAUUAUCGGAGCGGCGCCGACACCGAAUUCACGCUGAGGGACAAUGAAAACGCUUUCCAGAGGUAUAGAUUCCGACCGCGUGUUUUGCGUGACGUCAGUAAGAUCGACGCAAGUACAUCGGUUCUGGGCACAAGUGUCAACUUCCCGGUCUGCAUAGCAUCGACCGCCAUGCAGCGAUUGGCUUCUUCUAGAGGAGAACUCGACACGGCGCGUGGGGCAUCCACCAAAGGGACUCUUAUGAUGCUGUCAACGCUCUCAACGACGAGUCUCGAGGACGUUGCCCACGAGUUCAAUAACUGGACGGUCGGUCGGGGAGGCUUGUGGUUCCAAUUGUACAUUUAUAAGAACAGAGAAGUCACAGAGAAGCUUGUCAAAAGAGCGGAGACGGCUGGUUACCGCGUGCUGUGCCUGACGGUGGACACACCGUAUCUGGGAAACCGUCGGGCUGACGCGAGAAAUAAGUUCGAGAUGCCUCCUGGUUUGAAACUCGCAAACUUCGAAGACAGCAUGGCAGGAGGCAUCGCCGAAAAGGGCUCUUGGCUUCUCGAGUAUUCGCAGUCCCUCUUCGACCCAUCGGUUUCGUGGCAAGAUAUUGACUGGCUGAGGAAGAUCACCAAGCUCAAGAUCGUCCUUAAAGGAAUCGUCACAGGCAAGUGGGCCGAUACCCCUCUGGUUCUCGUACAUUCGAUGCACGAGGUUCUCGGAUUGCUCAGCGAUUACGGGAAGCUUUGGAUUGCGGAAAUCAGAUUCGUGAUGAAAGAUCGACCUCUUCCUCUAGCUGAAGAUGCUGAGCUCGCUGUUCAUCACGGGGUCGACGGAAUCCUUGUCUCUAACCACGGCGCGCGACAACUCGACGGCGCUCCCGCAACCGUGAGUGUCGAAUUAUUCGGAACCGGUGACGGCAAAACAGAUUGGAAAAUUGAUCAGGAUUUCGUUUGGAAACUUCAGAUCGAUGCUCUGCGAGAAGUGGUAAACGCAGUACAGGGCCGGUGUGAGGUCUACUUGGAUGGAGGCGUCCGCACAGGAUCGGAUGUCGUGAAAGCCUUAUGCAUGGGAGCCAAAGCUGUCUUCAUCGGUAGACCCAUUCUAUGGGGCUUGGCUUACAAGGGAGCCGCGGGAGUUGAAGAAGUCCUCUCAAUCCUAGCGAGAGAGGUACGAUCGACGAUGGGGCUUCUCGGAGCUACAAAAAUCGACGAAUUGACCCAAGAAAUGGUUGCCCCGAGCUUGCCUUCGAAAUUCUGAUCUGUGGCGUAUUUGUCGGCUCUGUAUGAUUCGGAAGCUUGGGAUGGAAUAAACGGCUCUCGGUGAUGAUCGAAAUCAUCUCGAGGGGAAUGAGACUGACAA